AUGGCUAUCCGAUUGCCUAGUAUUAUGCAUGCUAAGCAGAUUCUCCGACGAGGACGUUUUCUUGCAAACGGAGCAGCUUCAACAUCUUCAGUGGGUGUUCCAAAAGGUUUCUUGGCUGUGUAUGUUGGAGAAAGCGAAAAAAAGCGAUACAUGGUUCCGAUUUCAUUUUUGAGUCAGCCUUCAUUUCAAGAGUUGCUAAGUAAGGCAGAGGAAGAAUUUGGAUUUGACCAUCCAAUGGGUGGACUCACAAUCCCUUGCAGAGAAGAAAUCUUCAUUAAUCUCACUUCUCAGUUAAGGGACCUGUGA